AUGUCUACCCACACCUGGUCUUUUGAUAAAAAUGGACAAACAUCCAUCUCACACCAUCAUUGCCAGUACCUUGGUUUACUCACUGAGCUUAAAGUAAGGUAUACAACAACCAGGACAUAUCAUUGGCCUAUCGAGACAUACAAAGAUGUCUGCAAAUGGCAAAUUGCAAGAGAUUUUGAACCUGCCACCAUCAACUUUGGGUGUUACCUCGAAUAUUAUCUUAUAUACAAUGUUCAGCCAGAGUCAGAGGCUUACCAGGCUCAAGAGCUGAACAGAGAACAACCUGAAGAAACAUCUGGGAUACCAUUCACUGAAAACAGUUUGUUACAGAAUGAUCAACAACAAUAUUCACCACUAUCUACAAUGGCAGCAUAUUAUGCAGAAGAUGCUAUGGAUGUAGAUUCACCAGUAUUUUCCUCACAGACUGUAAACUUUUCCACUGCAAGUAUGUCAGAUAUGGAGGUGGAUUGA